ACACGAUGUCCGCUGCCCUCCCGGACCUCCUCGUCUCCUCCUUCUCUCUUCUUCCUCCUCCUCGCUCCUCUGCUUUCCCCUUCUCCCCUCUUCCUCCUCCUCUUCCUCUCCUCGUGUCCUCCGUCUGAAUCCAGCAGAAUGAAGCGUUUGUCUCCGCGCUGCUGCAAACCGCCUCUCUCCUGUGCAGCUUCAUAAUCAUGGUGUUUGCCCAGUCGUCACACUCAGCUGGUGUCAAUCCCUCCCUUCACUACCCAUCCUUCACAUAUCAGAUGUCCUUUAACUAUUCUGAGAGGGAGAACUCAACUUUCCUUCCAGCCUCACCCGCCACUCCCCUGUGCAGCCUUGAGGGUCAAGCCUCCGGCCGGCCCAACAGGACCUUGGCCUCUUACGAGCUGACGCCCAGGGAGGUGGCCGUACUGGGCUUGGUGUUUGCGGUCCUCUGGUUGGUCUCCAUCCUGGGAAAUGCCCUGGUCUGCCUAGUCAUUCACCGGAGCCGGCGGACUCAGUCCACCACCAACUACUUUGUUGUGUCAAUGGCGUGCGCGGACCUGCUCAUGAGCCUGGGCUGGGCCCCCUUCAUCGUCCUGCAGGUGGCCUCCGGGCGAUGGCCGCUCAGCGCAGCAGCCUGCAGGGCAGUGCGCUACCUGCAGCACCUCUGCCCUGGUGUACAGGUCUAUGUGCUGCUCUCCAUCUCUGUAGACCGAUUCUACACCAUUGUUUACCCGCUCAGCUUCAAGGUGUCCCGGGAGAAAGCCAAGAAGAUGAUCGCGGCUUCGUGGCUGUUCGACGCGGCCUUCGUGUCGCCCUGCCUCUUCUUCUAUGGCUCCACAUCCGGCGGGGACCACUGUGACUUCUUUCUCCCGGAUAGCUGGGGCAGCAUUGCCUACUCUGCAGUUCACCUGCUGUUGGGCUUCCUGGUGCCGGUGGCGUUGAUCGUGUCAUUCUACCAACGGGUGGUCCGCUACAUCUGGAGGAUCAGCGCAGACGGCCACGCGGUGCGUCGCACAAUGAACAUCGUCCCGCGGACAAAAGUCAAGACCAUCAAAAUGUUCCUAGUUCUCAACUCGGUGUUCUUCUUCACCUGGAUGCCCUUUUAUGUGGCCCAGUUGUGGCACCCCAGGGAGUCCGACGGACCCAGCAGGCGGGGACUGCUGUUCUUCACGGCCAUCGCCUGGAUCUCCUUCAGCUCUACGGCGUCCAAGCCAACCAUGUACUCCGUCUACAACGCCAACUUCAGGCGGGGCAUGCGGGAGACCUUCUGCAUGUCCUCCAUGAAGUGCUACCGCAGCAAUGCGUACACCAUCACGGCAAGCUCCCGCGUGGCCAAAAAUAACUAUGUCGGGGUGGUGGAGAUCCCCGCGCAGGACAAGGCCGCGGCCAAGAACUCGGCCCAUGAUGCGUUCGGCCGGGAGGCCAAGGACAAGAAGGUGGCGUGGACUUCCACCGCCCCCCCCCCCAACACUUUUGUCUAAGCGAGAGUUUAAGGACAAUUUGCGAGACUUCUGGUCCUCUUUCUUCAAUGGCGAGCUAACGCUAACAGAAUGAGUUCAGACACAAAGAUGUAACAUGCCUUCUGACGGCCAUGUUCAUGGACCUCAGCAGCCUUGGACUUUUUUUAUACUUACAAAUUUAAACAUUAUUUAUUUCUGUGAUCAAUGCAUCAGAAUCUGUUUUUUUGUAAUAAUAGCUUGUUAUCUAGCUAAACAUCUGGGUUUGUUGCAGUAACAUAUUUGGGUGGAGCUAACGUUAGUUCUGCGCUAUGCUACAUUGAGAGAACUCUUGUUGCCUCGCUAACAAACCUCUAGAUCUAAUUUGUACUCCAAUCGAAGGCUCUAUAGAGUUGUGAAAUUGGAGGAGCUACAAGUGGAGAAUUGUCGACAUAAACGCAAGUUCAAACAACUCCAACCCUCCGUCGGAGGUGAAACUCUGGUUCAUUAAUGAAAGGUUAAAGGUAGAAGAAGCCAGAGGACGUAAACAGCAAGAGACAAAAGAGUUGGACUGGUAGUCCUCCAGAUUAAAGAGGAAUAAAGAGGGCACAGAAAAUAAUUUUAUAAUGAAGGCGAUGAUCAUCGAUCUGAAGGAGGUCAACGUUGAUCUGAAGCAGGUGAAUGUGGAUUUGAAGCAGGUCUAGGUCGAUCUGAAGGGUCUGUAAUUAAUAUUUGAUGUUAUUAUAAUGCAAUACAGUCAUAAACAGUGACUCGAAAGAUAUUUAUUCAUAAUAGAAUAUUUAACUUGACUGUUGAGGUAAAUUCCGGCCAGAAAACAUCUUGGUUCAAAUUCUGUUUCAAUAGAUGAAUGCAGCAAUGCCUCCUACAUAAAAAACAUUACUGAAUGUUAAUUGUGAGGUCCGACAUGAAGAAAAGUUGAUAUGAUACAAGCUGGAAACGUGAUUGAAAACAUUCACGAGUCAACAGUGAGGUUAUAUUUUAUUUCUGUUUAUCAGCAUAUUAAUCAAGUAGCUGAUGAGUUAUGUUAAUUUAGGUGUGUAGAUUUCAUCCUGUUCACAGUGCUUUUGCCUUUGACAGGAAAAAUGGACAUGUGAUAUUUCGGUUAGCACUUGCAGGUUAGCUAGCACACACAAGUAAGUUGGCAUACAGGCUAGUUAUCACAGGCAGAUAAACUAGCACACGGGUUAGUUAGCAUACACAGGCUGGUUAGCAAACACAGGGGAGCUAGCAUAUAGGUUAGUUAGCACAUGCAGGCUAGUUAGCACACACAGGUUACCUAGCACACAGGCCGGUUAGCACAUACAGCUCAGCUAGCACGCACGGACUAGUUAGCAUACACCGCUUAGCAUUACACAGUUUAAUAACUUAGUUAAACUUCGACUAAGUGAAAUCUUGUUGGUACUCAACCUCGCCCUUCUUCUACAUGUUGUUGUUGCUUUUCGCCUACAUAAACAUAGUUUUAUAGAUGUUGGUAUCAGAGGAUUAAGAGGAUUCCUCAGUUUGAGCAGCCGACUUGUCGUUUUAGAUGUGAAAGUAUUUAUUUGUAAUAUUUGUCACAUGGAUUUUGAUGUAUUUCCAUUCCAAACAAAACUUGUAAAGACUCGUCUGUUUUAGAUCAUUAACUUUCUGUCUGGAAAAUCAUCAAAAUAUAAAUAUUAUUAAUCCA